AUGGCGGUUGGGGAAUAUGUACGAGGCAAACAUUUGCAAAAUGAUACACCUGCUACUCAGGGUAGUGGUCAAGCUACAAUUAACCCUUCAAGGGAACUGGUCGCCAAUAUGGCCAGGGUUAAAGUGCCCUCGACCAAGUUAAAUGAUGCUUGCUUACCUGCAUCUGGAGCAAAAGAUAACCCUAUGUCAACAACAAAAUCAGGAGACGGUGUGGGAUAUCGCGCACAGAACAAUAACCAAUCGAGAUCCAGAGAGGUCAGGGAUAUAUUUGAUACUGAUGUGGAAACUGUUGAUGAUUCCACUACUACGAUAGCUAGCCUCUCCCGAGGGGAGGAGGACCACAGGCAUGAUAUCCAGGCUCCCCCAGCUGCUCGGUUGACGUCUCAGGAGAAAAAUGACUUUCCAUCCUAUGUACCAUUUCAUAUUCAGUAUAGUCAUAGCAAUUCCCGCAGUCGGAAUAGUUUGGAGGAAAGGAUGCUAAUGGAGCUUGGUUCUGACCCAGUCGAGGACGGACAUGAUGAUCUUCAGGAACCAGUGGAACAUCAUACGAGAGAGGACGCAGCUGAGGCUAGAGAUGAGGAUGAAUUCAAUGGAGAUCAUGCUCAGGUGUUUGACUGGAACAACAAUCACGCUCCCAAUGGGGAACCCAUGAGCUGGCAGAAAAUCGAAAAUGCCCUGCGUGAUACGAAAACUCCUCGCCUGGUGCAAGCUUCACAGCACCAGGAAGAUGCGAAUCCGCAGUUUCGUCCCAAACAGCCGGAGCCCGAGAUUUUUCCAGCCAGUAAUACCUAUACGUCGAAGCCAACACAAAGAUCUUCAACUGGUAGCCGCUUCAUGGCAAGAUCUCGUUUUAGAACCCUAAAUCUGCGAGAGGGAGCUCCCCAAGAAGGGGGCAGAUUGAUCGGGUCGCUCCCAAUACCACAAACGUCACCAACCCUCAUCGUCCCUCCAUCUCCACAACCUCGGUUGGCCUCUGAACCAGAGGAAAAAAGCCCAGCAGAAUCCAAUCAACCAAAUCCGUUACAACCAGUAACCGAAAAGCCAGGUCGAUACAACCACGACGGGCUAUUCGAUAUCACCGAUCUAAGCGUUGUAGACAGCUCUCAAUCCGAAAACUCGGACAACCAACCGACAUACACUUCCCUACUCCUAUACACCAUAUCCCCAGUCUCCUCCAAACGCUCCCUGACAGACUUCUCAUCUGACUACCCCCAAAAUAUUCUGAUGACGAAAAAUUUCUCUGACCUUCAAGCGGAAUCCUUCGACUAUAACCCAGCGCCUCCGCAGCCUGUAUUCCCACCUCAAGAUCCCCCAAUCCCUCUCACAGAGAAGUUGGCCCAACUGAAGGGGUUGACAGAGGAGCAACGCAAAACAUUUUUUGCGUCCUUGACUCUUGCAGACUGGGAAAGGAGCGGCGACUGGAUCAUCGAGCAGUUUAACCAUUUGCUGCAGAGGACUAAGGCGGCUAGACAGAAACGCCGGCAGGUUGCUGCUGUGUUUGAGAAGGAGAUCGAGAGAAGGUAUCAACUUGUGGAGGUGGAGGGGAAGGGUAUCAGCAAGCGAAUGGAUGAUAUGAGGACCGGAGGCAUGGAGGUUUUGAGGGGCGGGGAUGUAUGA